AGGAAUAACCACAUACAGACUUCAACAGAUAGACAGAAAAGACAGAGAAGACUGCUCUACAAGUAUGCAUUCAACUUCCAACACUCCAGUUUUCAUGGUGGCCUGCCUGCUGGGCAUCAGUGUGGUGCUGAUGGGAGCACACGGGGCUCCGCAACCCAGACCCGGGGGCAAGAAGCAGCCCCAUGCCUACCUGCUCCUCAACCACAGCAUCCCUGAGACCCCGCAGAUGCGGUCCUAUGGCAACAGCUCAAUGUCACCCUGGACAUACAACAUCUCCCACGAAGACGACCGAUUCCCCGCUGACAUUUUCAACGCGCGUUGCCUCCACCAAGGCUGCUUGACCGCCGGCGGCAAGGUCAACGAGGACCUGCUGUCCGUCCCCAUCGAGCGCCAGAUCCUGGUGCUGAGGAAGAAGGCCGACAGGAAGGGAGAGAACUACUUCAUGCUGGACUACAUGACCAUCGCAGUGGGCUGCACCUGCGUGCGUCCGCAAGUCCAUCACCAUUAG